AUGUUUCUCGUGGGCUCCACCGAAUCUAUGACACGCCUUCCUCCUUUUUUUCUUUGCUUUUUCUUUUUUCAUUUUUUAUUUUCCUUUUUUCCUUAUUUUUCUUUAUUUCUUCUGUCUUUUUUCUUUUCCCAUUUUUCCUUUUUUUUCUUUUCUUUUUGUUUUUUCUCUUUUCUCUUUAUCUCUUGUUUUUAUUUUUUCCACAUUUUCCUUUUCUUUUUGUCUUUUCUCUUUUUUCUUUUUCUCUCUUUUUCUUUUUCCAAUUUUUUCAUUUUGAAUUUUGUUCUUUUUACAUUUAUUUCUUUUAAUUGUUUUCAAUUCAGUGUUCAUUUUGUUUUUCACAUACUUACUCUUUCUUUCUUUCUUUCUCUCUUUAUUUCUCUCUUUCUUUCUUUCUUUCUUUCUUUCUUUCUUACUCUCUUUAUUUCUCUCUCUCUCUCUUUCUUUCUUUCUUUCUUACUCUCUUUAUUUCUCUCUCUCUUUCUUUCUUUCUCUCCCUCUCUCUUUCUCUCUCUCUACAAACACACACAUUAUAUAUUAUUCUUAAUUUUUAUCAAUCUCUCUCUCUCUCUCUCUCUCUCUCUCUCUCUCUCUCUCUCUCUCUCUCAAGACUUUCGGGAAAUACAAUUAACUUCUACUGCCUGA